AUGGCUGCCAAAGCUGAGAGUAGGGAAAGGGAGGUAAAGCUACUGAGUGCGAGAAAUGACCAGUAUGGAGGUGUGAUCGUAGACAUCAAUGGAGAUGAGCAUAGACCCUGCUACCUUUUUAUUAUCUCUGACCUCCUCAAUUGCGCAUUGGAAGGUGCAGUGCAGGGAAAGAAGGGUGUUUGGAUCAAAUUGCCUAUAGAGCGAGUCAAUCUUGUAGAAGCUGCAGUGAAGGUCAAGCUCCUCCUAAUCUCUUCGAGUAUUUAUGCUUUUGUUAUUAUUCUUCUUCUUGCUCAAAAAGGAUUCUGGUACCACCAUGCGGAGCCUAAUUAUUUGAUGCUCAUGUAUUGGAUUCCUCAAUCCGCUCAUACUCUUCCUGCAAAUGCCACGCACCGAGUGGGUAUUGGUGCAUUUCUCAUCAAUCAUAACAGAGAGUCCGGACAGUAUCGAGGGACGGGUGUGUGGAAGCUCCCUACUGGAGUUGUUGAUGAGGGAGAAGAUAUCUUUGCAGCUGCUGUUAGAGAAGUCAAAGAAGAAACAGGGAUUGACUCAGAGUUUGUGGAAGUUCUAGCAUUCAGACAAAGUCACAAGUCCUUCUUUCAGAAGUCAGAUUUAUUUUUUGUGUGCAUGUUACGACCCCUCUCCUUUGACAUCCAGAAGCAGGAACACGAGAUAGAAGCAGCCAAGUGGAUGCCAUUUGAGGAAUAUGCAGCUCAACCAUUUGUCCAGAAAUACGAGCUUCUGAGGUGCAUCCACGACAUAUGCAAAGCAAAGAUGGAUGGGAAGUAUACUGGAUUUUCUCCAGUGCCCUCUACAAGUUAUACUGUUCAGAAGAGCUACUUGUACUUGAAUACUAGCACGGCACCCAGGAGAGAGAGUAAACUCUGAUGAUCAGGGCUGCAUAAAUCUCAGCACCAGUGAAAAUAUUUAAAGAGAGUCAUAGUUAAAUGACAAAAAAGAAAAACAAAAGAAAAGAAAUUGCAUUGUCGAUGUUGAGCUCUGUU